CUCGGAUGUUUUGAUGUUUACGUCAACGAAGACGGCCAUUUUGAUGGCCAGACUUUGCAAGUGACUGAGGUUUCUUAGGCUAAACAAACUUAUUUGGCCUCUUAUAUGCAGUAAAAUAGAUACAAUGGCUUCUCAGAGAGGUGGAGGCUUAGUCCAACGACGCGGUAAUAAUGUAAGGACAGAUGAACCAAAUUCUAGUGAGCAGUUAGAAGAUCUUUCUGGAUAUCCUGAUGAAGAAGAGGAACACGACUCAAAAGAAACUCGUUUAACUUUAAUGGAAGAAAUCUUACUGUUAGGAUUAAAAGACAGAGAGGGUUACACAUCAUUCUGGAAUGACUGUAUAUCAUCAGGUCUGAGAGGCUGUAUAUUAAUAGAACUUGGGUUACGAGGACGGGUAGAACUUGAAAAAGCAGGAAUGCGUAAAAGAAGUUUACUUAACCGUAAAAUCCUUCUAAAAAAUCCUGCUCCUACAGGCGAUGUCUUGCUGGAUGAAGCAUUAAAACACAUUAAAGAGACAGAACCUGCUGAAACAGUUCAAAGUUGGAUAGAAUAUUUAAGUGGUGAAACAUGGAAUCCAUUAAAACUGAGGUAUCAGUUGAGGAAUGUAAGGGAGAGACUAGCCAAAAAUUUGGUAGAAAAAGGAGUAUGUACAACAGAAAAACAGAAUUUCCUUCUGUUUGAUAUGACCACUCAUCCAUUAACUGACUCUAAUAUCAAACAGAAAUUAAUCAAGAGAGUACAGGAAUCUGUAUUAAGUCGCUGGACAAACAAUGCACACAGAAUGGAGAAACGCAUGUUGGCAUUAAUAUACCUUGCACAUUCUUCUGAUGUCCUAGAAAAUGCUUUUGCUCCACUUUCUGAUGACGACUAUGAAAUUGCAAUGAAACGAGUCCGUGAAUUACUUGACCUUGAAUUUGACCAGGAAUCUAUGAAGGAAGGGACCAAUGAUGUACUGUGGGCUGUUGUAGCUGCAUUUAGCAAGUGAUCUUCAUUGUGACUUUAUCUGUGGGUCUAUACAUCUUGUUUUAUCUACGUUUUAUUUCUGGAAAUUAUCUCGUCAACAUUUUAUUCCUAAACAAUCUUCAUUGAUAGAAAAACCAUAACAUUGUUUAUACUUCUUAUAAAAGAAAGGUCUUAAAAAGAGAGAGGUUUUUAAUCCAGAAUUUCUGAGUUAUUAAUGAUCUUUUUCUUAAAACUUUCAACAAGUUUUUUAAUCAAUUACUUUGUUACAUGAUAUUAGAAUCAAUUACAAAAUGAAGGUAUAGAAAAAAAAAAUCAUUUAUUGUGCAAAAUGUCUAAAAACAUUCCAAUAACGGACACAGACUAAAGUGAACUAAACUACACCAUAGUCAAAUAUGAAUCAAAAUUUGUUAAAACUUUGACAAACAUGGAAAAUGGAUUUAAAAUCUUACAUUUUCUUAACUCGUAUAUAGUGCAGAGAUUAUAAUUAUGUGAAAAUUUUGUAUUUUUUAGAAACCAGUUAAAAAAAAUACAAACAAAUCAGUGCAAUGGAUAGAUUACUAUAUCUCCAAAUAAAAGUCCAAAUUUCUUGGACGGUUACACAAUGUUACAGUCAUGUUUAUUUAAUAAAAGACUUGCUUUCAAACAUAACUGGUAUUCAAGUAAUAAGAUAACUUCUUUAUUGUAAAAAGUAUUGUUUACAACUUCCUGUAUUGUAAUGUAUUCAUUAUUUGUGACAUGAAAUAAUUUUGAAUCAUUAUGAUUAUAAUCUGUAUUAUUGAGUUACAAUUUCUGCUGUAUUUGUUUGACUCAUAUAGAAAGAGAGCGGUUUUAAUUUCUGUGAAAUAGUUGUCAAUGUCAAUAGUAUUUUGAUUUCAUUUUCUUACUACAUGCACAUGUAACUGCAUGUUUUCAAAGUAUACAAUAACCUUAAGGCAUAUCCAUGUGAAAAUGUAUUAAAUAACAGGAAGUAAUAUUAAGUUACCUUAUGAACAUGAUUUGUGUAGUUUCUUAUCACUGUUAUUUAGUCCACCCUGGUGUGGAAAGGCAAUAACUGUUUUUGAUUGUUUUAACGAAUAUUUGCUGUAUUAUUUCAUGUCUGUACAAUGAUGGAGUUGUAUAUGUACAUGUAUAUUUUCUUACCUUUGUAAACAUUUUCAGCUUAGUUAGGUGGUUUUGCAUGUACAUGUAUUUCCAGUUAAUUUUAAUUGUAAAGAUUUAUUUUCAUUAGAAAUGUUAUUGAUAAUAUUCACUAAAGUUUGUAUAUGUGUACAUAUAUGCUGCUUUAUAUAGGAAAUUGAUCAUCUAUAAGUAUAUGUAUUGUGCAGAGUAUUAUUAUUUUCACUUUAUGUAUAUGACCCAAUGGUUGACUGUCAUAAACUCAAAUGUUUAAAGAUGUUUGAGAAAUCUUAAAUGAGGACUAUGAGGUAGUUAUAUAAGACCAUACAUGUAUUGUACAACACCAUACAUUACCUUUCACUUAUGACUUACUAAUUAAUGGUCUCAUUUAUUUAAUAUUAAGCUCUUAAAGUCGGUGAAAUUAACAAGGUACUGAAGAAACCCACAAAAGGUGCCUGCCUUAGAUAUAUUUUCAUAUAGUAAACAUUUAAAGGCAGAGUUUACUUAAUACAAUGUUUAAAAGUUAAGAGUUUAUUCUUUGUUGCCUGUUUAUACAUUUCCCGUACUUUAUUGUUAAGUUUUCAUGGGUUUAAAAUUUGAAACCUUUUACCAAGCAUUUAGGCCCCCCAAAAAUAUAGUUUUGUUUUUUGCCUCCCUGUCUAACCAAAAAAAAUCAUGCAUUCCCUAUCACAUUGUAUCAACAUGUUUGUCAAAGCACUUUUAACAGUUCAGAUUUCCCCCCUUUAUAUAGUAAACUUGAAAUAUUAAAAAAUAAAAAAUCUACCUAUUUACCCGAUUGUUUGUGCAUGGAGGCUUGAAACAAAUAUAUAUUUUUAGCCUUAUUUGAAGUAAAUGGUUAUUUGAAGAGAUGUAAUAUAUUUUGAUUCUGAUAUAUUUUUAGAACCUAUGUGAAGUUUCAUUAGAAGGUAAAUAAUAUUAUCAGUCGCGGUUUGUUUCAUUUGUUAAGUGCUUGUACAUGUGUAUGAAAUAAUAAUUCAAUAUUUGUUGUUUAUUUAUUGCUAUGCUUGUUAAAAUGAUCAGUGAUAUUAACUGACUUAUUGAAAUACUAUUUAUUUUUAAUACCAAGCAUACAUUAUUAUUGAGCUACAAAUGAUAAUGCAGAAAUUAUGAAUUACAACUUUUACAAAAUGCAAAAUAUGUUAAAAAGAAAUGUAAUAUAAAACAAUUUUAUGAUAAAACUGUAAAUUCAGAAAUAAUAUCCUGCAUGUGUUAUUGUGAUUUUUGAAGAAAGGACAAAAAUGCAAAAUUUAUUGCAAUUUCAGGAAAAACUGCAUACACUUAUAUCAUGUAUAUGUAUCAGAUAUCAGAAUGCAAGUUUUGAUUGAUUUGCAUUAUUCAUAAUAACUAAAACCUUGCGAUAAAAAUAUUUGAAGACUAUUGUUUUCAUAGAUUUCUGCAUCAUACUGACAUAUGUUUAAAUGAUUUACUACUUUAGGUUGUGAAUGUAGUUAAAUUUACAGAGGAAAACAUAUUGGAAGCUAAACAUUUGAAAGUUUGUUUUCUGGAUUAUUUCCCCUGACAACGCUGAGCACAACUAUUGUUAUAUGUUAACCUUGAUAUGUAAUGUUGAAUGUCAUUGAUUUAAUCAGUAAGGUGUUGUAACCUGACAUUCUAAUCACUUCUCAAGGUGUCUAUUUUUACUGUCAAAUAAUUGCAAAUCAAACAGCUGUUCUUUGUCUUUAACAAAUAGUUAGUAUGUUAUUUAUUCACAACUGUUGCAGAUUUGGUUUACAACCACAUUUUCAUGCUGAUUCUGUGUGUCUGGAUUGGUGUGUGUGUGUACUGUCAGUGUUUCAAUCAAACAAAAUGGAUUUUUAAAUUGAAACGACUUCAAAUUCUUGUGGUUUUUUUUUCCCUAAAAUUAUAUUGAGUUAUUAGACUAAAUUUAAAUUUUUCUUGUUAAUUUCUAAACAAAAAAUAUUGAUAAAAUUAUGUAAUAAAACAUGUGCAGUGUGUUGGUAUAAGUUAAUGAGUCAGCUGUCAAUGUGAAAUCCAACACGUAUUUUUGUGUUUUUUUUAUUAUUAUUAAGUCUUAGUUAGGUAUUAUUCAUUUCAUUUAGAAAUAAUUUUUGCUUUUAAUUGAAACAGUUCAUCAGUUGAUUUAUAAUGUUAAAAUUUGUGAAUUAAUGUCUCUGAUAUAAUUAGGUGAUGAUAACAUUGGGUGAAAGUGUGCCGGGCAUGCUAUAACUUUGUGUACAUUGGUUGCUUACGUUCCUUAUUGUUAUUCUAUCAUCUUCAAAGAAUUUUAUCAUUUAUUUAAGAUGCAGCUUCUAAAGCAUAAGAGAUAUUUCUGUUUCCUGUUUCAGUAUAAACCAAGGUUGGUAGUUCUACAGUUUGUUUUUUUACAGAAUUUUAUGAUAAAGAUACAUACCAGAAAAGAUUUAAACUAUGACCAUACUUGUUUGAUAUUUGUUUCAAAAAAAAUAAAUUAUAAUUUACAUCAAAAUUUGAGCUGAAUCUGCAACAGGAAACAUGAAGUAUUUAUUUUUACAACUAAACAAUUUGAGUGUGUACAAAGUAGAAGUUUGUAAUGUUGACCAUGAAAUCAUUGUAACUUUUGUUUACUUAUUGUCAGCCAAUCAAAUCUUGGAUCAAGUAAAUCAGGAUUAUUAUAUUAGCCAAUGCAAAUAAUUCAUGAUCCUAACAAAUAAGCAAACUUACUUACAUCCACUUCUACUUGAACUUUUGUCAUGUUGGUGGAUAAAUGUUUGGCAAACAAAUUUUGAAUUGUUAACUACACAUUCAAAUUAUUUAGUUGUUAUUAGUCUAAUUAAACUAACAUAGAUAUUUUACCAUGGGAUAUAUAAAUAAAUUUAUAUGUAUAUAUUGUAUCACUGAGGAAAAUUUAAUAUUUGAACAUUGAGGGGUGUCUAUUUAAUUAUGUGUGCAUCUAACUGAACUGAAAUACAAUCAGUAAAAUGAGAGAUGUAAAUAUGGAAAACUGUAAAUUGCUUGUUGACAAUUUAUUAUAUCUCAAUGGUAUUGUCAAAUAAAUUUACAUACAAAUAGAAAA